AGUUCUGUAUCAGCUACUUGUGUUCUGACUACUAUAAAUAUGUAUCAACCACAGAACUGACACUCACUACCAGUCAGUUGACUCACUGUACAAGACCUCUCCCCUUCAGUCUACUGCAGGGUGGGAGAUGCAACAAUGGCCUUGAGAACAGCAGGAAGUGUGUUGGUGGUCUUUCUCUGGUCUGUGACAGUGGUACUGGGUCAGGAUGGCUGGAGUGUGACUUACACCACUCAGAGUAUCUGUGCCUUGAAGGGGUCAACAGUGGAGAUGUCCUGCUCUUACACAUAUCCCAGAGGUUAUACAGUCACAACAACCUUCUGGUUCACUGAAUGGGAGACUGGUGUAGAACCUAAAGAUCUAGGUCAGGACCCAGAGUAUGCAGGUCGUCUGGAGUAUCAUGGGGAUAAGAAGAAAGACUGUACCCUGAGAAUCACAGACCUGAGAGAGAGAGACUCAGCUACGUACAAGUUCAGCUUUAUAACAGAUCAGACUGAAGGGAGAUAUUAUGGUGAUCCUGGAGUCACUCUGUCUGUAACAGCUCUGCAGGUGAAGGUGACUCCUUCACAUUGGUCACAGUGGAAGAUACUGACCUGUAGCACCACCACCUGUAUUCUGACUGGUAACCCCACCUACACCUGGUACAAGAACGGACAGGUAGUAACUGAGAAGACUUCCACCUAUUCAGUCCCCCCUAAUGAUAAGGACAGCUACUCCUGUGCUGUAAAAGGCCAUGAGGAUCUCCACUCUCCUGCAGUGUGUGUUGAUGGUCAGAGAUGCAGCAGAGUGACUUACACCAAGAGGACAAUCUGUGUCUUGAAGGGGUCAACAGUGGACAUAUCCUGUACUUAUGUUGGUUAUUAUUCCACCACAUCGUCAUUCUGGUUUAGGAGUAACAAGUCGACCCCUGAAGACCUAACCACAGACCCAGGGUAUGCAGGUCGUGUGGAGUACACUGGAACAUACGAAGGUCCCUUCACCCUGAGAAUCACAGAUCUGAGAGAGGAGGACUCAGCUGAGUAUCGCUUCACUUUUAAAACAAACAACUUUGAAUGGGGUCAUAGUUUCCCUGGAACAACUCUGUCACAGUUUGUGAGUAUGAAUGAAACUAGGGUUCUACUUAGGAAGUAUCAAUCAUUUAAGGUCAAUGAGAAGGGUUUUCAGCUGAAUGUGACUCCUAAACAGAUUUCAGAGUAUAAGACACUGACCUGUAGCACCACCUGUAUUCUGACUGGUAACCCCACCUACAUCUGGUACAAGAACGGACAGAUAGUGUCCAGGGUCAGAGCUGCAACAGAGUGA